AUGGCGGUGCGAGGAGGAGAGAGGUCAGUAGCUCCCCUGGUCUGGUCACCGAGGAGCGUCCGUGGCACUCCUUCCCCAACCACUCGUGGUAGCAGCUCCACAACACUUGCGGUCCUCAGCGGCUUCCUGUCCACACCCGCGGUCCUAAGUGGCUUCCCGACCACACCCGCGGUCCUAAGUGGCUCCCCGUCCACACCCGCUGUCCUAAGUGGCUUCCCGUCCACACCCACGAUCCUCAGUGGUUUCCCGUCCACUGGAAAAAGAAGGGAUGGACCCAUUGUGGUGGAUGAUCCAUUUAGGAAGAGGUCAGUAGCUCCCCUGGUCUGGUCACCGAGGAGCGUCCGUGGCACUCCUUCCCCAACCACUCGUGGUAGCAGCUCCACAACACUUGCGGUCCUCAGCGGCUUCCUGUCCACACCCGCGGUCCUAAGUGGCUUCCCGACCACACCCGCGGUCCUAAGUGGCUCCCCGUCCACACCCGCUGUCCUAAGUGGCUUCCCGUCCACACCCACGAUCCUCAGUGGUUUCCCGUCCACAGACGCGGUCCUCAGUGGAUUCCCGUCCAUACCCGCUGUCCUAAAUGGCUUCCCGUCCACCCCCGCGGCCCUAAAUGGCUUCUUGUCCACACACGCGGUCCUCAGCGGCUUUCCGUCCACACCCACGAUCCUUAGCGGCUUCCUGUCCACACCCGUGGUCCUCAGCGGCUUUCCGUCCAAUAAUCCACGAUCCUGCUUCCCGUCCACACCCGCGGGUCCCUUCAGCGGCUUUCCGGGUCCACACUGCGGUCCUCAGCGGUUUCCGUCCACAAUCUGCGGCCCCGCGGCUUCCCUGUCCACACCCGCGGUCCUCAGCGGCUUCCGUCCAAUAACCCGUCCUCAGCGGCUUCCGUCCACACCCGCGGUCCUCGCGGCUUUCCGUCCACACCCGCGGUCCUCAGCGGCUUCCCGUCCACACCCACGAUCCUCAGCGGCUUUCCGUCCACACCCGCGGUCCUCAGCGGCUUUCCGUCCACACUCGCUGUCCUCAGCGGCUUCCCGUCCACAUACCCGGUCCUCAGACCGAUAUCCCGAGCCCGAUUUGAAGAUAUUUGUGGCAGUGACAACAAGUCCCAACACAAGACGACAGGAAGAGGUAUCACACUUCCUAUCAGGACCUGCGUGGCCGUGCAUAUCUGGUGACGCUGGUUCAUUAUCAUACCUUGUUAUCGCCUCCUUAUGCUCCAUCAAACAUAAACACCGUAAUGUCAAGACCUAA